AUGACUCCCGCUGGUUCCAUCGCUUUGUUGGUCAUCCUGGUCAUUGCUCUCAUCUGCACUAUCAUCUGGCUCGCAAAGGACCAGCGCGCACUAGCCACACCCAAUCCCCAAAUUCUCCACCAAAAUUUAUUCCAUCCUGGAAGCUCUCCAAGCACCGAUCGACUGACUUCAUUGCGCGCCGCCCCCAGGUCUCUCCACGCAUCCUCGACAAGAACGAGCCAUUCCAUAGCAAUGGCGACCCGACGCGCCCUCCGCUCCUCCUGGAGCGCGCGAUCCCUUUCGAACCAGCUCAGCACAUCUCCUUCCCCUAUCUCCCGCCCUUUCGCAAUCGCCUCCCGAUCCAUCAACACCUCAACCGACCCUUCCGCCGAUGGCAAGACAACGCACUUUGGCUUCAAGACUGUCCCCGAGUCUGAGAAGGCCGACCGCGUCGCCGGCGUCUUCCACAGCGUCGCCGACUCUUAUGACCGCAUGAACGAUCUCAUGUCCUUUGGCUGGCACAGAAUAUGGAAGAACCACUUCGUCUCCGGCCUCCAGCCAGGCCUCUCAGCCUCCAACCCACCCACCCCCCAACACAUCCUCGACAUCGCCGGCGGCACAGGUGACAUUGCCUUCCGCAUGCUCCACACGGCGCACAACAUCAACCACAACCCCGACGUCCGCGUCACAAUCUCCGACAUCAACCCCUCCAUGCUCGCCGUCGGCCGCGACCGUUCCCGAUCCCUCCCGGCCUCCCAGCAGGCCGCCAUGUCCUGGCUCGAGGCCAAUGCCGAGAAGCUCCCCGAGGGCGCCAUCAAGGACAACUCCGUCGACCUCUACACCGUCGCCUUCGGCAUCCGCAACUUUACAAACAUCCCCGCCGCCCUGCGCGAGGCCCACCGCGUGCUCAAGCCCGGCGGUGUCUUCGCCUGCCUCGAGUUCAGCAAGGCAGACGACUACCCGCUUUUCAACGCCAUCUACAAGCGGUGGUCCUUUAGCGGCAUCCCCCUCAUUGGCCAGCUUGUUGCUGGUGACAGGGAUAGCUACCAGUACCUCGUCGAGAGUAUCGAACGGUUCCCCAGCCAGACGGAGUUCAGGGAUAUGAUCAAGGAUGCUGGUUUCGUUAUCUCGGGUGAGGGUUAUGAGAACUUGACUGGCGGUGUUGCUGCCAUUCACAAGGGUAUGAAGCCUAUUGCGUAA